AUGGGUGGCGAUCCCAGCGCCGCCGUUCUCGCCUUCUUCGUCGGCGAUGGCUCGAUCUCCAGCGGUGGCAUCUUCUCCUUGUCGUUCGACGCAAGACCUGAUGCCUCUAGCAGCUUCUCUAUGCCCGUUUGGUUUGUCUUCUUGUUGUGGCCAGGAGAUGCCGCGGCCGUAGGUGGUGAUUCAACUGCGGUGACCCUUCUGCUAAUCAGAGCUAGGAGUCGUGUGAACUCUGCGUUCCGCCGCUCCCAGUCUGUCUCUCAUUUGAUCGUGAGGGCUUCCAGCUUGCAAAGGCACUCGUGGAGCGCGCGAUAG